GAGGUGGACUCAUUAAUUGGUGCGCGUGCUCGGAAGGAAGACAAACAAAUCUAUUACGUUUCCCUUGCAUAUCCACAGCUUUUAAGCGAGUUCGAUUAGCAGCGGCAUCAUUUGUGCGCGGCGCGGAGGGAGAAGAGGACGACGGCGCGUUGUGUGCUGUGACACACAUCAACAUCGUCAUCGUCAUCAUCUUCAUCUUCCUCAUCUUCACCAUCCGGCCUGCUGAGCUGAACGUGAGGCCGGCGGAGGCGGCGGCAGGAGUGUGCGGCACCAGACUCACCAUGGCGGCUAACCUGGACAAGGAAGCGUACUACCGGCGGAUUAAGAGACUCUACGGCAACUGGAAGAAAGGAGAGGAUGAGUUUGGUAAAGUCGAUGCCAUCGUGGUAUCUGUUGGAGUGGAUGAGGAAAUUGUCUAUGCCAAAUCCACUGCCAUACAGACUUGGCUGUUUGGCUACGAGGUGACAGACACCAUCAUGGUCUUUUGCGAUACCAAGAUCCUCUUCCUCGCCAGCAAGAAGAAAGUGGAUUUCCUCAAACAGGUGGCCAUAACCAAGGGCAACGAAAACGCCAACGGUGUCCCGCCCAUCACUCUUCUCACCAGGGAAAAGAACGAGAGCAACAAGCCCAACUUCGACAAGAUGAUCGAGGCAAUUCGCGGCAGCCGAGGCGGGAAGACGGUGGGCGUGUUCAGCAAGGACAAAUUUCCCGGCGAGUACAUGAAGAGCUGGAACGACACGCUCACGGCCGAGGGCCUGGAGAAGGUGGACAUCAGUGCGGUGGUGGCGUACACCAUGGCGGUGAAGGAGGACGGCGAGCUCGGCCUGAUGAAAAAAGCGGCAGCCAUCACCAGCGAGGUGUACUCCAAAUUUUUUAAGGAGCGAGUGAUGGAGAUCGUCGACGCGGAUGAGAAAGUGCGGCACAGCAAACUGGCAGAGUCUGUGGAAAAAGCCAUCGAGGAAAAGAAGUACCUGGGCGGCGUGGACCCCUCUACCGUGGAGAUGUGUUACCCUCCCAUCAUUCAGAGCGGCGGAAAUUACAGCCUCAAGUUUAGCGUCGUCAGUGACAAGAACCACAUGCACUUUGGCGCCAUCACGUGCGCCAUGGGCAUACGCUACAAGUCGUACUGCUCCAACCUGGUGCGGACGCUCAUGGUGGAUCCGCCGCAGGAGAUGCAGGACAACUACAACUUCCUGCUACAGGUGGAGGAGGAGCUGCUGAAGGAGCUCAAGCACGGGGUGAAACUCUGCGACGCCUACAACACUGUUCUGGAGUACGUGAAGAAGGAGAAAGCGGAUCUUGUCGCCAAGCUGACCAAAAACCUCGGGUUUGCCAUGGGCAUCGAGUUCAGAGAAGGCUCCUUGGUGCUCAACUCUAAGAAUCAGUACAAACUGAAAAAAGGCAUGGUGCUGAGUAUCAGUAUAGGCUUUGCUGACCUCACGAAUAAAGAGGGCAAAAAAGAAGAGCAGAAGAAGUACGCCUUGUUUGUCGGUGACACCGUGCAGAUCAACGAGGAGGAGGCGGCCACAGUCCUCACGCCAGUCAAGAAGAAGAUCAAAAACGUGGGAAUCUUCCUCAAGAACGACGACGAGGAAGACGAGGAGGAGGAGGUCGACGACGCCGAGGAGCUGCUGGGAAAGGGCGCUCGCGGCGCGGCGCUGCUGGCCGACAGAACCCGGAAUGAGAUGACGGCGGAGGAGAAGCGGCGCGCCCACCAAAAGGAGCUCGCCAACAGUUUGAACGAGGAGGCCAAGCGGCGACUGACGGAGCAGAAAGGCGAGCAGCAGAUCCAGAAGGCCAGAAAAUCCAACGUGUCCUACAAGAACGUGUCUCAGAUGCCCAGAGAGAAGGACAUCCGAGAAAUGAAGAUCUUCAUUGACAAGAAAUACGAGACUGUCGUCAUGCCCAUCUUUGGCAUCGCCACGCCGUUUCACAUCGCCACGAUCAAGAACAUCAGCAUGUCCGUGGAAGGAGAUUACACGUACUUGAGGAUCAAUUUCUACGUUCCCGGCAGUUCCUUGGGCCGACAGGAAGGGAACAUCUUCCCCAAUCCAGACGCCACUUUUGUUAAGGAAAUCACGUACCGCGCGUCCAACCUGAAGGCGCCCGGCGACACCUCGGUGCCAUCCACCAACCUGCAGAACGCUUUCCGCAUCAUCAAGGAGGUCCAGAAGCGCUACAAGACGCGGGAGGCCGAGGAGAAGGAGAAGGAGGGCAUCGUCAAGCAGGACUCGCUGGUCAUCAACUUAAAUCGCAGCAACCCUAAACUCAAAGACCUCUACAUCCGGCCCAACAUCGCCCAGAAGAGGAUGCAGGGCUCGCUGGAGGCGCACACCAACGGUUUCCGUUUCACGUCUGUCCGUGGCGAUAAAGUGGACAUCCUUUACAACAACAUCAAGCACGCCAUCUUCCAGCCGUGCGACGGCGAGAUGAUCAUCGUCCUGCACUUCCACCUCAAGAACGCCAUCAUGUUCGGCAAGCGCCGGCACACGGACGUGCAGUUCUACACAGAAGUGGGCGAGAUCACGACCGACCUGGGCAAGCACCAGCACAUGCACGACCGCGACGACCUCUACGCCGAGCAGAUGGAGCGCGAGAUGCGGCACAAACUCAAGUCGGCCUUCAAGAACUUCAUCGAGAAGGUCGAGACGCUCACCCGAGAAGAGCUGGAGUUCGAGGUGCCCUUCAGGGACCUUGGCUUCCAGGGCGCCCCCUACAGGAGUACCUGCCUGCUGCAACCCACCUCCAGUUCCCUCGUCAACGUGACGGAAUGGCCGCCGUUCGUGGUGACGCUGGAUGAGGUGGAGCUGGUCCACUUUGAACGGGUGCAGUUCCACCUGAAGAACUUUGAUGUGGUCAUCGUCUAUAAGGACUACAACAAAAAGGUCACCAUGAUCAACGCCGUGCCUGUCAACUCCCUGGACCCCAUCAAGGAGUGGCUCAACUCGUGCGACAUCAAGUACACGGAAGGCGUCCAGUCCCUUAACUGGACCAAGAUCAUGAAGACCAUCGUGGACGACCCCGAGGGCUUCUUCGAGCAAGGAGGCUGGUCCUUCCUGGACCCGGAGAGCGAGCAGGGGAGCGGCGCCGAAGAAGAUUCCGAGUCCGAGAUGGAGGACGAGACGUUUAACCCUUCUGCGGAUGAGACGGAAGUGGAGGAGGAAGACAGCGAUGAAGACUACAGCUCCGAGACGGAGAAUUCCGACUACAGUGCAUCACUGGGCAGCGAGGAGGAGAGCGGCAAGGACUGGGACGAGCUGGAGGAAGAGGCCAGGAAAGCCGACAAGGAGAGUCACUAUGAGGAUGAGGACACGUCCAACAAGAAGAGAAAGAACCGUUCGUCGACGCUGCCGCCAGUCAAGAAGAAGAGGCGGUCUUAGACGUCCACCUCACCUCGCCCCCCGCCCUCCUGCACUCUUGACUGGCUCACACAAUGUGUGUGUGUGUGUAGCCGUAGAGGCCGCCCGCCACGCCACGUCACAAUGUCACGGUGACGUACCAGCAAAGUUGAUUUUCUCUUCAUUCCUCAACCGUCUACGAUGUGUGUGCGUAUGCCCAGAAAGCGUUUUUACCACCAAUGUUUCUGUUGGUUCCCAAAGAAAACGCUUGACACGCCUCCUGACAAGUGUUUUUCUGAUGAAGCGAUCCCCAACCCCCCUCCGCGUUGUGUUCACGGUACAAUCGAGGACAUUCAACAACUUUUGUUGGGGGGGUGCGUUUGGUUUUUUUAAUGGGGUUUGUAAAGAACACACACACACAUACAGAGUCUGCCUCCUUUGUCUUCUUUUCUGAGUAGAUGUUUGUUGUACUUAAUUCUAAAAAUUCAUUUUUUGUUUUUGUAAUAAAAUGAAAAGGAAACAAUAA